AUGAAGUCUUCCAUCGUUCUUGCCGCCACUGGCGCCGUCCUGGCCAUGGGUGCCGCCAUCGACCCCCGUGCCAUGGAGACCGUCUUCGACGUCACCUACGUGACUGUCACCGUCACCGAGGGCGUCCCCGUCGAGACUCCCGCUGCCACUCCUUCCAGCAGCCUUCCCCCCAAGGUUGAGGAGACCCCUGCGCCCGCCCCUGUCUUCUCUACCAUCACCACCAAGCGCCGCUCUCGCACUCCCAAGGCUUCGACCACCCCCACCCCGACCCCGACCCCGACUCCCACUCCCACUCCCACCCCUGAGCCGGUUGUCGAGCAGCCCGUCGCUUCGGAGCCCGCUGCCUCCUCUUCUGCUGCUCCCGUCACUUCCGUCGUCGAGACUACCCAGUCUACCCCCAGCACCGCUGCCACCGUCAGCGACCUUCAGACUGCCGCCAUUGAUGCUCACAACAACCACCGCAGCAACCACUCCGCUCCCGCUCUGACCUGGGAUGCCGACCUUGCCAGCUACGCUCUAAUCACUGCCAAGACCUGCGUCUUCGAGCACGACAUGACUACUGGUGGUGGCGGUUACGGCCAGAACCUCGCCAUGUGGGGUGCCACUGGCUCCGAGAACUUGGGUGAGGCCAAGGCUGCUCAGCGUGCCAUUACCGAGCAGUGGUACAACGGCGAGCUCAACCUCUACCCCGGCUACGGCCAGGCCAGCCCUGACAUGACCAACUUCCUCCAGUGGGGUCACUUCUCCCAGUUGGUCUGGGUUGACACCACCAAGGUUGGCUGCGGUGUCUACUACUGCGCCGCCGGUACCCUCAGCUCCAUUGGCAGCUGGUACACCGUCUGCAACUACAAGUCCCAGGGCAACGUUAUCGGCAGCUUCGACAAGAAUGUCCUGCCUCCCGGCAACGCCGCCACCAUCACCGUCGCCUAA